UUACUAUGAAGUACCAAUUAUCAAUUUUGCUUGAUUUGUAUUAAUGAUAUUGUUAUGUGAUAUCAAUAAAGACGCCUUGUCAUCAACAAUAAACCAACACAAUGACAGAAGCUUUGCCAAGAGGAAAUUUUGGACCAGGACCCACUACUCUACCAGUCAUUUCCUGGUUUGAAUUUCUGCUGAAUGAUAAACUGCUGGAAAAUCAUCUACAGCUAGAAAACCCAGAUCCUACACCUGUCCAACUGAUUAUCCAGUUUCUACAGCAGGCAGAGGCACAUCAGGCCACCAACAAUGUACAACAGAUUAUACCCAGGGAGGCACCUUCACCACUGCCAUCCAUCCCAACCAGCAAUGGACAGGGGCCAGACCAAAUCAAGACAGAGGAACCAGAAACAAAACCACAAAUAAAAGAAUUGAAGAAGGUCACAGCUCUCAAGUUGUUAGCACUGAAAGUUACAGCCUACCUCAACUGGAAUCUCACAUUGCUCCUGAAAAGCGUGCCCCUGGUGAUGCUGCAUGCACUUCUGAAUGAGUUGUUGAAGAUCACACUACACCAGGAUGUGGACACAGUCAGUGGGUCUGUGAUGGAGUAUGAGGAGAUUUCUGAUCAGGCAGUUUUUGCACUACAGCUCUAUUAUCGCUGGUGUCUUCUUGCCGUUGUCAAGGACAGUUUUCCUGCACGUCCUGUCAGGUCGUUUCUACAAGUACAAGGUCAGCCUGAUCCUACAAUGGCUUUAGCAGCAGCCAAUGAAAACCUGAUUAGGACACUAAAAGAGAGGACAGCUACGUCAGUGGCUAACCUAGAAAAGUGUGUCCACUGUGGAAAGACCAUCAAGAUGCCAACAGCCAAUAGCUUCCGAAUUCCUGAUGAACACACAGACGAGCCGCAGUAUGACUGGGACACAUCUCUCUCCAUCACGCCAGACGAGUAUAAUUGUCAGAUAUUUUAUGAUAUAGGGAACUUCUACUUUUAUGAAAAGGGUUAUAGUCAUGCAUAUGUUAUGUUCAAGAGAUGUACAGAAUUAUUUGACCAUUUAACAUCACCAGUUUACUGUAAUAUAGACGAGACAAGACUAAGAGGUUACAUGACAGGGUGUCACAGUCUCAGAAGUGUGACAGAAAACCAGGAAGUUAAGCCAGACAGUCUGUAUGAACAGGCCGAAAAUAGCAAGAAAAACCAAUACACAGACAUAGUGGAGGUACUUCUGGCAGACAACAUGAAACAAGAACUAAGCACAUCUUAUCGCAGUGAUGUGGAGGCAGACAUCGCAGACAAGGGUGACAGCUUCAACGGCCUUUAUGUCCAGGUUGGGAUUUGUAAUGUGGUGCGGGGUGUAAUGGAGGGAAAAGCUCUCGUCUCUCUACUGGCUGAUGUUCUGGAGGAAGCCGAGGAAAACACGGUCGAUUUUCUACUUAUGGUGAUAACCAAGGCCUUGAUGGGUGCUUCCUAUGCACAGAAGAAUAAUCUCAAGUGCUUUAUCUGGCAUCUUAUGGAUCUGUCACCUGCAGGGUCAAAGUUCAACACAAUGGUAAUGACUGCACCUUUAUCAGACAACUUCACUAAACAAGAGUUGUCGGAGAUGGCUCUAUUGGCCGAUGAAGACAACAGCAAUGGUUACAGUCAAAUGAUUGACGAUGAUGUCACAACCACCUGUUCUAGUUAUCCGGGAAGUCGAGGUGUUUCUUUCUUGUCAGAGGGGACCGAUACGUCGGUAAACUUAGGUAAUGCGGAACACCAGUUGAUGUAUAUGUAUGACCCAGAUGUGAUGCGACGCCUCAUAGCGGAACUCUGUCAGAAGUAUAACCGAUCGCCUGCAUACAUCAUGUCUCUAAAUGAGAAGUGGAAGGUGCCUCGAGACAUGCACCACAUCAUUAUGAACCUCCAGCAAAGUGAAGACCAGGCAUAUGUUUAUCUCCUUAUUGGCAAGGCCAAUCACUGCAUGGAUGUCAGGAUUUAUGAGCGAGCACGACAGCUGCUGUAUGUGGCCGACAAUGUGGUAGCAGAAAUGUCCUAUACACUGUCCAAGCAUGUGCGAUGGCACAUCCUGCUGGCUGAUCUUCAACAAUACUUCCUGUCUGAGACUCUAGCAGACCAAACCUCACUACAAGAUCUGGUCAAGAAAACCAAGACUUGUAUCACCUGUGUACGACUUGGCCAAGAUGUACAACCAAGUCGCUUAGUGCUGGAGCACUGUGCUGCCUUCCUAAUGAACAUCAGGGACUGGAAUUACUUAGCCAACAUGGACAACUCAGGCAGUGGUCACAUUGAGCUGUGUCGUCUGUUUUCCUGUGUAUGUAAAGAACUACCUUCCAUUAAGAAUGCCAGAAAGCCAGGCCGAGAUUUGUGGGAAGCUCUGAGACAUAUAUUUACAACAAGUACCCAACAAAACCGAGGGAACAGUGCCGCAAGGAACAGUGCUAUUCAUAGAGAGCCUAAUUAUGCCUGUGUUACAAAGGACGCCUUCAUAGAGUUCCUCAAAAAAGUCAAGGAAACAAGCAUUCUGUCUGUACUGAUAUCUGUGAUUACCAAGUACUACAAUAUUUUGAGGGAUGAUAUAUCCUGUGAAAUUUCCAGUGACUACAUAGCCCUAUGGCCUACUACACUUAGCAAUUCAUCGUUGGUGAACGGUGACGCUGUAGAAGAGGCCCUAUCAGUGCUGAUGCAGCAUGUCCUAAGAGUCAACCCUGCUCAACCUUCCUGGCUCCGUACACAGGCAGACAUACACUUCGCUAACAACCAGUUCUCUCCUGCUAUGAAGUACUAUAUGGAGGCUGGAGUGGUAGCCUCUGACUUCUUCUCCAGUGCUGUACCCAAAAGUAUCUACGAUGACCAGGUAUACAGGAGGAUGGUCAAGUGCUGUUCUUACCUUCAGUGUCAUACCCAGGUUGCGGUGCUGUGUCAGUUCUUAGAUGAGGUUGACUACACUACGGCCUUUAAGGGCCUUCAGGAGAAGAAUGUUUACGAUGCGAUGGACUCCUACUAUCCAUGUGUCUGGGACGUCAGCAUACUGGAAUUCCUUGUCCAUCUGCACACAAGAAGGGGAGAGGUGGAGAAAAGACAGGCAGCAAUGAAGGCACUCAGCCAGAUUGACCUGAACAGUAACAACCCCGAGGAUAUUGUACAGAGAGCUGUACAGAUGAGGAAACGGAAGUUCCUUCGCUCCCUAGCCAAACAAUACCUCUGAUGUAUGUCUUGGCUAGAGACACUAAUAUUCACCAUACACACUACCAGCUCUUCUGAUUUAAAGACAAAAACAAUACAUUUUAGGAAGCGGAUGUCCGAACUCUAUAUAUAAGAAACAGUUUACUUAUAUCAAUAUUCAUAUUUGCUGUCUGCCAAUUCAAAGAAGAAAUUUAUUGAUAUUUCUAACCUAUACAGAGCUCUCCAAAUGAUUGAUUUUCUUGUAAAGUGACAGCAUUGAUUGUCUGCAAUGUCCUUCCGGCUGUCUGUAACACUUGAUAAACCUUUACGUUUAACACUGUUCCUCUGAUGCAAUGUCUUUCCGGCUGUCUGUAACACUUGAUAAACCUCUAUGUUUAACACUGUUCCUCUGAUGCAUUGCCUGCAUUUGCAUCUGCAGGCUCGCCAGCAUUUAUUCUGGGAUAGUUAUGUGUGAAAAAAGAAGAACCAGUUUUUCUGUAUAAAUGAACAGGCCUCUGAUUGGUCUUUGCCUAUUCUUCUGUAAUGCUAUAUGUUCUUUAUUCAUCAAAAGUGGUGAAUUUAUGGCCUGGUGUAUUUUUAACACUUAUUCUUAUUCAACUCAAGUUAGGAGGCUCUGUACCAUUUCUGUCAAAAUUUUACAGGUGACAUUUAACAUGUAAGUUUGGAUAAUAUUAAGUUUCAAUUUGUAUUCACAAUUCUCUAAUAGUUGACUUCAAACAUAUUUUAGUAUUGUCAAUCACUUACCAAACCUACCAACAUCCAAACUCAAUAAUCAAAAUAAGUUAUUGUCUCACAAUGAUGUAGGACGAGAACAGAGUCUACAUUUUUAUCAGCAUCAACAUUUUAAAUGAGAUUCGUGGAGUGUAAGUAUUAAAAGACUUAAAAGUAUGAAUGUUGAUGUACAGUUACAUCAUGGGGUUUACAACAUAAACCAUAACAAAAGGAUUUGAAUCGCUUUGUUCCAUUUUUUUUUUUUUUUUUCGGGGGAAAAAAAAGAUGUUUUUUACUAUAACUCCUGCAAUAAUUUUCAAGUUCUGUUAUCAAACAUUGUAUAAUUCAGGUAACACUUGUGAAAACACAAUUCAUUAAAUUUUAUCAAUUUUUUUUUCUUUUUGCUUUUGUUUUGUAGUUUUGUAGGGUUUGUUCACUCCCAAAUCAUAUGGUUUGCUUAUGUCAAAAUACCAAAUCCCAGGGUUUUUUUGUUUGUUUUUGUCAAUAUUAUAAUUGCCACAGCUUGCUUGUGUCAGUCACUAAUCCAUGUUCGUAUCAACAACACUCCAGUCUGAUCAUGAGUACUGUGUGAGAAAUAUUGUAAUUUCUAGGUUUUAUGGACAUUUUAUCUGUUGUACGCAAUGUCUUGCUUCAUACCAUAUACAUAACAAAUACUUGUCAGUUAUCGUGCUGUAACUAAAAUUAUUGAAACUGCUGACUCCAACCAACAGGUGAAGGCCUUUUUGUUUUUUAUAUACAAUUAUUGUUUUCUGGUGCAAAUGGAACAUAUUUGCAAAGUGCUGUUGUACAUGUAAUAUUUAUUUUCCUAAGCUCUAUUUCAGUCAUACUGUAGAUUUAUUCAAAAAUCUUAGAUUUCUGGAAAUAUUUUGUCACGGUUUUGUGGGAGUAAAAUGUCUAUCUUCUGUGUGUUGAAUAUGUUGUACAUUGAGCACAUUUAUAACACUAGAAAUGAAAAUACCAUGAUAGUAAAGUAAAAAUGAAUCAGUUAUCAUAAUUAUUUCAAUUAUGGUUAAUACAGAGGGUCAGAGAGCGAAAGUGAUUGUAAAACCUGGAGUUUGGAGGGUACAGAGAGGGAAAGUGAUUGUAAUCUCUCGAGUAUCUAGGUGGGCGGAGAACAAUAGUGAUUGUAAACCCUGGAGUAUUGAGGGUACAGAGAGGGGAAGUGAUCUUAACCCCUGGAGUAUCCAGGGUACAGGGAGGGAAAGUGAUUGUAACCUCUGGAGUAUCGAAUAUCUUGAACUGCAAUGUCUCUUGCUAAAACAACAAUUCAAAAUUCAGAAUAUCCUUUUUCUUCCUUUUUUUCUCUAGAUAUUACUAGGUAUCAUAUAUACAUUAAUUUGUACAACAUCAUACUAAAUAGUGUUCAUACUUUACUGUGUACAGGUUGUGAUAAUCAUCACAUUAUUACCAGUAGGGAGCCGAUUGUUAAGUUUAAAAGAAUCAUCAUUUGUUAUUUUUGAUAUUUUCUUGGAAGGAAAAUCAAAUAUUGAAAAUGUGAAUGGUGUUUGUGUAUGUAUAUUAUUUUGUAUAUUUUUCACAAUAGAAA